GGCUGCGUUCCGGCGCCAGGUGGCGAACGAAGACAUGGUUUAAGUGGAAACAUAUGAGGCAGAGCUUCGAGUCACCUCACUAUUAUUCGAGGCCCUCGAUAAAUCUACAACGAACAUCAACAAAAUUCAUUUCCCCUCUCAUCUUCAUCAGGGAUCAUUCUCUGACGUGGUAAGGGUCACCUCUCCUCGCCUGAGCCUGACACACAUUUUCUAUCAGAGAUCGAUAGAUAUGUAUUUAAGUAAAAGGAUUCUUGUGAUUUGAUCUUGAAUAGAAACGCAGUUCUACUUGUCCACAUCGAUUUUUUUCGCUGGUACACUAGAAUCCUCUUGCUGCUGGCGUUUAGGUACAUCUUUUUGUCCUUUUCGAGUUCACUGACUCUGAAACAUUAAAUCAAAAUGGUGCUAGAUCCAACAGUUCAGAGUGUGAAAAUGGCGAAGGCCAGCGACGCUACAUCUGAUCGUGCUUUUACGUAUGAUCAGAAGCUGGCGUCUUUGGACAAAGCCGUCGCUGACCUCCUGAAAGCGCAAGGUGUCAACAAGCGCAAGGCUAUUGAGGUGAAGAUGCAGGAGUGCUUCGGAGUUUUGCGUGAUUUGAUGCUCAAAUGGUUGCAGGAUAAGGACCGCACCAGUUUGCGCGAAGCUUUUGAGGCGAACAAUUUUUACCGCUUAGUGCGGCUGAAGGCGAUCUUGGAAGCCGACAAAGAAAUGGACAAGUUGAUGAAGGAUGAGAACGCACCAGAUGUGCGCCACGGCCAAUGCUUGGAGGCGGUUAUCAGUGUUCAGAAGGUGUUGGAGGAUCAGAGCGGCGCGCGGGCCAUCGCGGAGGCGCAAGCGGCGGAGAAAGCACGACUCGUAGCGCAAGUGCAACAGGCAAAAGAAAAGGACCCCAUUGUCUCCAACCCGACGCGAAAGUCCCGAUUGUCGCUAACGGCCGCCGGCAUGCGCAACAGCAACAAUCUCGCAGUGCAGGGCGCCCCAAUCGGAGGUGGUCUCUUGGCGGUGCCGGGUGCGGAUUUCAAGAAGAACAGCUUCACCGGAUCCUCCAUGGUCGGCGACCCCAGGGAUCACAUCAGUUCCGCGAAACUGCAAGGCCAGUGCGACGAGUUGGACGAUUUGCUAAGAGAUCAGAACAAGGACGGCGCCGCAGCUGCCGCCCCCAAGAAAUCGAGCGCGAAUCCGUUUCCGGCGCCAGCCGCUACUCCGGUUGCCGGCACGUUUACCGCAGCCGCAACACCCGCGGCCGCGACCGCAGCUGCGCCCGCUCCUGCGAAGGCCGCAGUCAGCGCAGCUCUACCCGAGGCGGUGGAAGCGCUCCCGGAGCAGAUGCGGGCCAGCUGGAAACAGGCGGCUGCCGUGAUCCCGACGCCGAAGGCGGGACAGGCCUACGUGCCGGAGGAGGACGUGCUCGCCUCGAUCGACGCAGAUUUCCGCGCCAAAAUCGAAGCACUCACCAGCUUUGAAGACCUAGUGAAGAACAUCACGGCGCCGGACGCCCAAGAGAAGAUCGGAAACUGGCUCAUCUGGAUGUGCGCUCGUGUCUACUGGAACGAUCCGACGUUGACGCGAGUCCCCUUCAUGAACAUCUACCUGCCGGCUCCGGAAAAGGAAGCUCUUAUCAUCCCGCGCUUCUUGGAUGGCCUCGCUGGCCGAAACAGCUGCGUCGAUACCCUGGACCUCUCAAAUACCAACUUCGAUAGCCAAACGGCCAUGUACUUACUUACUUACAAAAUUUCACCUUCUUCUACUGUACACAGCCUCAGGUAUCACAGAAUGAGUAUCUCCAAAAGUCUUGUGCACGACAUAGCUUGCGCCUCUUGAUGAUCUUAAUGUGUCCGUUCUCUUGUAGUUAUGAGUUUACUACUUUUUACUUAAAAAUCGAUCCGAAUUUCUCAUCAACAUACACGAUGACAAUCACAACAAUUAUUUCCUCUUCAUCGAAAUAAGCAGAAUUUCCCAUUCCACUCUCACACAUUCUAAUGGAUACUACACAACAGGCGUUUCCAUGAAGUCUUCGCAAAGAACACGACCGUGAGAAUCGUUGACCUAUCCUCUAACCCGUGGAACGCCGAAUUGAUGAUUGAGUGGAUCGUUGGCGUCGCUGCCUCAACCAGCCUAGAAGAGCUGCGCAUCAACAACAUGAACUUCGGUCACGGAGGACACUCUCAGGCAGUCGAGAAGGCACUCGCAGAGGCUCUGGAGAAGAACACGUCUCUGGUCAAGCUCGGUUUGGAACUCAAGGACCCGAACUGGCGUAACAAGAUCGACCGCAAGAUCAUGUCAAAUAAGGACCUGGCUCGCCAGAAGCGUGUUGCGGCACAGAAGGCGAAGGCUGCCGCUGCAGCAUAG